AUGGCCAGUGGAAUCCACAGUGGAGAGAAACCUUACAGAUGUAAUGAAUGCAGAAAAACAUUCAGUAAUCAUUCAGCCUUUACAGUACAUCACAGAAUUAAUACAGGAGAGAAACCAUAUGAAUGCAAAGAAUGUAGGAAGGCCUUUAAUCACAGCUCAUUUCUUACUCAAUAUCAAACAAUCCAUACUAGAGAGAAAUCUUAUGAAGAGAAGCCUUAUAAAUGUAAUGAAUGUGGCAAAGCUUUCAAUCACAAUUCAUCCCAUCCCGAACAUCAAUUUAUUCAUACUGGAGAGAAGCGGUAUGAGUGUAGUGAAUGUGAGAAAGCCUUUAGUCACAACUUUUCCCUUAUUGUACAUCAGUUUAUUCGUGCUGUCGAGAAACCCUAUGAAUGUAAUGAAUGUGGCAAACUCUUCAGUCAGAGUUCACAUCUCUACCAAAAUCAGAGAACUCACACUGUAGAGAAACGUUAUACCUGUAAUGAUUAUGAGAAAGCUUUCAGUGAUCAAUCAAGCAUUAUUUGCCAUUGGAGGACUCAUACUGGAGAAAAAUCCUACACAUGUAAAGAUUGUGGGGAAGCCUUCAGCCAGAGUUCAUUCCUUAUUCAAUAGAAGAGAGUUCAUAUUGGAGAGAAAACCUUUGAUUUUAGUAAGUGUGGGAAAGCCUUCAGUAGAAGUGCUCAUCCUAGUCAACAUCAGAGGCUUCAUAUUGGUGAGAAAUCUUUUAAAUGCAGUGAAUGUGGCAGAGCUUUUACAUGUACUUCAGCCCUUGUUAGGCAUCAGAGACUUCACAGUGGAGAAUGA